UAGAUAUUUUUGUGGGCUGUUCUCUUCUUCCCCUUUGAGCAUUAGCCAAUAGCCACAUGCUGCCUCCUUUCACAGCAAAGAGCUGCCUUAAGGGAGGAUCGUUACAGAGGGUUUUCUAAACGACCAAAGAAAAUGCAAAUAGUCUGUGUGCUCUUAGCAUACGCUCUGGUUUAAGCAGCUUGGUACCGAAGCCAGCCCCAGACAGAGCUGGGAAGAAAAUACUGAACCUUAAGACUUCCUCAAAAUCUUUCACUGACUUCUAAGGGUGAAAACAGUGAGAAGAUCCAGUGUGUCAAGUUGGAGACUUAAAAAACUGUAGGUUUCAAGGUGAUACCUCUCAGGCAGAACCAAUGGAUACCACAGAAAAUAUGACCGCAUUGUCUGCCAGCAACUCGACAUGCCCUUUCACCAUUGAUGACUUCCGAAAUAAAGUGUACUCCACAUUGUACUCCAUGAUUGCGAUUCUGGGCUUUGUUGGAAAUAGCUUUGUGCUGUGUGUCCUCAUAAAAACGUACCGGCAGAAGACAGCCUUCCAGAUCUACAUGCUGAAUCUUGCAGUGUCAGACCUCCUUUGUGUAUGCACCCUGCCUCUUCGAGUAGUGUAUUAUGUUCACAGAGGCAACUGGUUCUUUGGUGACUUCUUAUGCAGAGUUAGUUCCUAUGCAUUCUACGUCAACCUGUACUGUAGCAUUUUAUUCAUGACAGCCAUGAGCUUCUCUCGCUGCAUAGCCAUCGUUUUCCCCGUCCAGAAUCUCAAUUUGGUAACUGAGAAAAAGUCCAGACUGGCAUGUGUGAGCAUUUGGAUUUUUGUCACACUGACAAGUUCUCCAUUUUUACUGAGUGGGUCUUACGAAGAAGGUAACAAGACAAAGUGCUUUGAACCUCCCAAAAGCAGUGAGAUGACCAGUCUGCUGGUCCUACAUUAUAUUGCGCUGUUUGUAGGCUUCAUUAUCCCCUUUAGUGUCAUAACUAUCUGUUAUGCCAUGAUCAUAAAGACUUUACUGAAGAAUUCACUGAAGAAGAAUCAGUCUACUCAUAAGAAGGCCAUAUGGAUGAUAAUCAUUGUAACAGCUGCCUUUCUGGUCAGCUUCACACCUUACCAUAUUCAGCGCACAAUCCACCUUCACUUCCUGAAGAGGAAAGACUCCAGCUGUGAAGACAUCCUUUUCAUGCAGAAAUUAGUAGUGAUAACCCUAUCCUUGGCAGCAUCAAACUGCUGCUUUGACCCGCUCCUGUAUUUCUUUUCAGGGGGCAACUUUCGGAGGAGACUUUCCACAUUUAGAAAGGCUUCCUCCUCCAGUGUGAUACUGGGACCCAGGAAAAAGUUAUCAUUAAAGGAGAAAGACGAUGAGCUGUUUCAAGAAAGCCAUAAAUAAGCUGGAUGUGAGGUGUAGCUGUGCUUCCUUUGUAAGGCUUUUUGUGUGGCACUGCAGUAGAAAUACGCUCACAGUGGGACACCAGUGACUGCAGAACUGCUUCAGGAGAAAUGAACAAAACAAAUAUAUCUUCAUCAAAGUUAAACAGAGACAAAAAUCCAAAGGGUCCUGCUUCUACUCAUACCUUUCUGACCAGACGCUCCUCUGGCUGCCAUUGAGGGGUUUAUUUGAUCGUGCUGUGGAGCAUUCUGAGAGUAAUUUUAAAUUCCAAGAGACUCAAUAUAAAAAGGACUGAAAUGUGAGUGGAUAUUCUGAAAACGUGCUCAGAAGGCAUGUACGUAUCCCACACACACUUAACAAGUUACAGAACAGCAGCAGGAAAACAUUUGUGUGCUGGUAAAUUCAUGCAAACAAACUCUUAAAAUCUCACACGAUGUCAUGAGGCAGCUCUACAAAGACCAUUAGUCACUGAGCCAGUGGGAAAUGUAAAUAUAGAAGUUGAUGGAGCUUAUGCAAAGGGGCAGGGGGAAGAGAGGAGGAGAGUAUGCACUGAAUCCCAAAACAGACACUGAUUUCACAGGAAAAUGUCUUCCCUAUUCCCUGUUAUUUAUUGCACGGGCUUUUAACUUUCAGUGGCAUAGAUCACUGAUUGUCACCACCUAAUUCAAAAGGGUGUGUGCACAGAUGACUUUAAGCCACCUAUACACUCCUCCAAUUGUGGGCCAGUUGUGUGGCAGGCCCAUCUUCUGGUGUAAUUUAGAGCAGCCUAGGGACUGUUCUAACUUGUAUUAGCCACUAACAACCCCAAGGAACUGAUCCUGCAGCCUGGGAUUAGGGAAGCCCUAGCCAUGAGGGGGUGGCAUAGGAGCUACUACACUGGCUCUGCAUCACCAGAUGCUCACCCUACACAGAAGUAAUCCUCAUGUGACCAUUUCGGCUAGCUUUAUGUCUACUAUACACUGGCAGUGCAGCAUAAAGAGCCACACCACACUGGAGGGUCUGAGCCUAUACCUUCCCACACAGGAACUGAAUUUGUUCCCCCCCCCCCCAUACAUUUCCUGUAAUUUGAGUUCCCAUUUCCAAAUAUAUUGCAACACACUAGUUACCUCAGCUCCAGCUACAAGAUCUUUGAAUGGCUUUCUAUCUGAAUUUUACAAGUAAAUCCUGAGCUAUAGUUCUGGUAUGUGCCUCCCAAACAAACACUUUGGCCCCAGUCCUGCACCAAUUGAACCCUAAAAACAUGAGUAGUCUCCUUGAAGCCAAUGGCUGCUUACAUACAAAAUGGGAAAUAACUGCCUAGGAAUGAGUACUGCGGAAAGGGAUCUGGGGGUUAUAGUGGAUCACAGGGUAAAUAUGGGUCAACGGUGUAGUUGCAAAAAUAGCAAACCUCAUUCUGGGCUAUAUUAGCAGAAAUGUUCUAAGCAAGAUGGUAGAAGUAAUUCUUCUGCUCUAGUCCACGCUGAUUAGGCCUCAGCUGGAGUAGUGUCUCCACUGCUGGGCACCACAUUUCAGGAAAGAUGUAGACAAAUUGGAGAAAGUCCAGACAAGAGCAAUAAAAAUAAAGUCUAGAAAAUAUGAGCUAUGAUGGAAGAUUGAAAAAAUUUGGUUUGUUUAGUCUGGAAAAGAGAAGACUGAGGGGUGACAUGAUAACAGUUUUCAAGCACAUAAAAGGUUGUUACAAGAAGGAAGGAGAAAAAUUGUUCUCCUUGACCUCUGAGGAUAGGACAAGAAGCAAUGGGCUUAAAUUGCAGCCAGAGCGGUUUAGGCUGGACAUUAGAAAAAACUUCCUAACUGUCAGAGUAGUUAAGCACUGGAAUACAUUGCCUAAGGAAGGUGUUUGAAUCUUCAUCUGUAGAUUUUUAAGAACAGGUUAGACAAACAUCUGUCAGGUGUUUAAAUAAUACUUAGUCCUGUCAUGAGUGCAGAGGAUUGGACUAAAUGACCUCUCAAGGUCCCUUCCAGUCCUAUGAUUCUAUGAAAAUUAAGCCAUGCAUCAGUCAGGCUUUGCGGAGGGUGGGGGUGUGGAAAAGUAUAUUUAAAAUUCAAGAUACAGAGUUGAACCCCAUCCACCUUCCCACCCCAGCUCCUCUUUGAAGUGUUUUCCACCAUAAAAUAGCAUUGUAAAAGAGAGCUGAACAGAGCGGGGCUAUUCUAAGUUGCCUAUGUAGCUUUGGGAGCAUUCCUGGCAGUAAUAUUAAACAGCAGUGAGUCAUCAGGUACAUUUUCCAUAUCAUAUUUUUGCUCAGUUAUUAGAGAGUGGGAGGAUGAGCCCCAAACUCCACAUUUCCUCAUUUCAGCUCCCAUGUCUUCCGUUAUCCACGACAUUUCCCAGCCUUCAAAUGAAUAAUGAUUAUCAGGAAGACUUUCCAGCUUCCUCUGACCCUCAGCAGGUUUCCAGUAAUGUAGUAUUUUUGGUUGGCGCUGUUCUCUCCUGCCACUCCACUCUAUUCUGACCAUGCAGCACAUAUUGGUCUCAAGCUGAAUUUUGCCUGCUCAAGGCAUGGAAACAUGAGAGACCUUCUCUCCUUUCUUUCUUUGGGUUCCUGUCAGCUACAAGAGCUUUCCAAAAUCUACCCAAAAAAAACCCACAAUCAAAAUAGAACAGAAAUGUCAGUAGGUGUUGAAAUGCAGAGACUACUGCUGUCAGAGACCUAAGCAGUGAAAUACACACUGGGGGGCACCAUGUUAAAAUUCUGCCACCAAACUUCAGAGAGGCUUGGAGUGCUUUCCCCUGCCUCAAGGGCAAUCCACGCACUCGCUGAAUAACCUUAAAUCAUCACCGCCCACAAAUGACUUACCACUGAGCCUCAGGGCUUGUCUAGAUGAACAGUUAGUGUGCAGCAAGCUGGGGUAUAAAUCUACAAUCUGCUACCACACCCUAAAAGUUCCCCAGUGUGCUUUGAUCUACUCCACUUUGAAUUUGAAGUAGGUCAGACAUAUAAGAUGUAAGCCUGGCUCUGUUGCAAAUUUGCAGUCAAUGGGACAUUUGCUAGUGACUUGGAUAGGACCAGGAUUUCACCAAUAACUGUGAAAAGAAAACCUUUUGCCAAAUGAUACUGCCACCUUCCUGGAUCAUAGCGAUGAGAAAAUGUUUUUGGUUAAAAGGGAAAGCUAAUUAAUAGAUUCUGCAGUCCCUCCUACCCUUCACUCCAAGCUCACUAUCCGAGUACACAGUAUUUACUACAAUCCCAGAGAAAGAUGCUUAUUAAAAGAUUGUCAGCACAUUGCAUGCCUGCAGGUUGGUAAAUUAGGCAGUCCCAAAGCUAGAAGCAUUCUGUGCUGGAAUGUUUAUUCCAGGCUAACAAUUGGAUCCUAGAUUAAGCAAAUUGGAUGUACCUUGAGAACCUAUGAAAAACGUUGUGCUAUAAGGAAGUUCCUCUACUAGGCAGAAAAAAAGAUUAUAGGAGAGAAUGCCUCUCCAGACACAACCGCUGUUCCUCUUUGUGCUCCCACCGGAGAGGCUUUUGUAAGCAGGCAGAGCCCGAACUGCCAGUAGCUGAACUGCAGUUACUGCGCCCCAAUUAGCCCCUUAUAAAACUGGAUUCUGCUUCAAAGCUGACUAGUCUCACCUCACUUUCUUGCUUUAUGUGUAACUUUCUUUUUUGCUGGGUCAAGGAAAAUGGCAAUACACUCCAGGACUAGAGGAACCGAGUCCCAGAGGAACCAAACUGAAGGACAUCAGGUGUGUUUUCUGCUUAAUUUAUAGGUGAGAUACACACAUAUAUCCCGGCCUCCCUCAGACAGAAAUCUGUUUGCUUUUAAUUCACAAUGGAAACUUGUUUCUGAUUAUACUAACUUCUGUUUGUGCUGCCAUUGUGAAUAUAAAUUUAGAGUGUUACAACUUUCCAAAUAAAACAAACCUAUUUAUAAAUCGUAUCAGUGCAAAUAGAAGUUAAACUAUAACUUAAGGUAGAGCUACCUGUCAUAAAUGCUCACAUAAUAAAAAGCUUUGAAAUGUGGCUCACUCUAUAGGCUUUAUUUCAAUGGGACUAGUCCUGUAAAUAAUUGCGGUAACAUAAGGCUCUGUGGCCCUGAUCCUGCAAUGAUCUCUGCAUGUAGGCAGGGGUCCAGACACUCAGAGCUCACUGAAGGAGCAGCACCUAUCUAUGGGCAGUGCUAUGUAAAUGUAUGAGGCUAUAAAGUGAUUUUUUAAUUUAAAAAAAAAAAAGAAUGGCACCUCGCUCCCCCAAAAAAGGAUGAUUCCUGACUGCACAUCUUGCUUACAUACUGUGGAAAAGAGAAAACCCAAGACCUCAAGGAAAACUACACAAGAAAGAAAAAGAAGAAAAAAGACAGAAGAAGGUUUACUAUACUUAAGGUAAAACAUGACGGUGUCUUGUUAGAGAACAGUACAGAUGGAGGCUAGGCACAUUGUUAUCUUAAAAGAUAAGUUGGGGGCAGAUCUUUAUCAUUCAUCCUAUAUCUAAGAAAGCACCUUUGUGUUUUUUAACCAAGAAGGAAGGAGAAGUGCUCUGAACAGUUACAACGAGGAGUCCAGUGGCACCUUAAAGACUAACAGAUUUUAUUUGGGCCUAAGCUUUCAUGGGUAAAAAACCCACUUCUUCAGAUGCAUGGAAACAAAAAACAGUCUCCUCUUCUCUGGAAUGCUGCAGGCACUGGACCGAGGGCCCUUGGCAUACUAGGAAAGACAUACAGUAUAUAGACUUUUGUAAGAGUGAGCAUCUUAUCUAGAAAACAAGUAGUUAAAGCUUGUUUAACAAGUAGUUAAAUUGUUGAGUUUUGUGGUCUUAAUGCAGUCUGACAUCUUUCUGUAUAAAGGAAAUUUCUUUAAUAUUGUAAAUUAAGUGUGGUCUAAAUCGUUGUGUUCUGAAGAACGUGUUCUUUAGGUGUGAUGUAAAGUGUUACAGCUAUGUCUCAAGCUAUUUAUAUGGUGUUGUCAGUGGUGUCAUUGUGCAAGUGUGUUUGCACUGACCUAUUUUAAGAGCGUGUUUCAAAGUAUGUGUUAAGUACUAUAGCUAUAGCUAAUGAAAAAUGUUCCAUGCAAUGUAUUGUACCGUAAAAAUUUAUGUAUAACGUUACUUAUUUCAUCAUUCUGUCUUUGAUGGCACAAUAUGAAUAGUAAGAAAAGGUACAUCGGCCUGUUUUUGUAUAAGAGGAUAGGCUUUUGUACUCACAAAACAUUUCCGGACACAAUUAAAAGAAAAUGGUGCAAGUUAUAAUUUGA